UUCUUCAAAUAAAUAAUUUCUAUUCUCUUCCAGUUUACCAGAAAUCCGCGGUGCCAUAAUAGCCAUGGCCGGCAUCAUGCACGUGUUUGGGAACCUGCUAGUGUGUUCAUUGGGCCCGUACGUGUCUGUGGAAGUGGCCUGUUAUGUGUGCGUCAGCAUCAGCUGGGUGCAUUUACUCGCAUUGUGUUGUGUGCCGGAGUCUCCUGUGUAUCAGGUGAUGAAAGGUAAACUUAAUGAUGCAAGACUCACUCUACACGAUCUAGGAAGAAGUGAAGACAUUGAAGAAGAAUUAAAACUCAUUUGUAAACAUACCAACGACGCGCUACUACCACAAACGAAAGACGACCACGGAAAAGCAAAACGAUGGAUAAUAAAACUUGAGAGGAAGAAUAUAAGAGGCUUUUUCAUAACAACAGUUCUCCUUUGUCUGCAAGCUGGUGGCGGAAGGAUAGCAGUGAUUUACUUUGCAACUAUGAUUUUUAAAAGUUCGUUUUCUUCAGUAGAUCCUGAUGUGGGGAACGUUGUACUUGGAUUGACAGAGUUGUGUGGGGUCAUCAUGACCCCUUUGCUGGUUGAGAGGUGCGGUCGUCGAAUCAUGUUGCUGAUGUCACUUGGUUUUUGCUGUUUGUUUCUGACUAUCUUGGGAUCAUAUUUGUAUCUUGAAGUCAACGAUUAUGUGAUAAUUAACUCAUUAAGAUGGGUGCCUCUUGCAUUGCUGAUGUUAUUUUUGUUCACUUACAACUUUGGUGUAGGCAUCGUACCAAACAUCUUAAGCAGUGAGAUGUACAGUCCGCCCUUCAGAAGCACCUGUUGUUCCAUCUCCAUGAGCUUGGCGUGGUUUGUACUCCUGUACAGCUGUCAGUUCGAACACUUCAACACAGAGAUCUUUUCCUACGAGAUCUUCUACAUUUGUGCUGUUGUCAACGCUAUGGGCCUCUUUUUUGUCACAUUCGUCGUGCCAGAAACAAGUGGGAAGAGUUUGAAGGAAAUUGGGAAUCUGAUUGAACGUCACUGUAUUUUUUGAGUUACCUGCUUAUGAAGUAAGUGUUCCAUUAAAAUUUGAACAACGAUUCUUUAGAUUUAAAGACAAGGCCCUCAUCAUUAUAAACCCUCGGGUGGAAAAGCAAUAUUUAAAAAAAAUCACGACGUGCGGCGCGCAGACUCGAGACGGCCGGCUUUCAAAGUUAAAAACGUUGGCCGCCGCAUGCGUUGUUGUCAGAGAGAGUCCAUUGCGAUGCUUCUUGCCGCACGAGGGGAUAAAGGUGUGAACGAAGAUUGAAAAAACAAUCAUUAGGCGUACCAAAUAUAAACACUUCAACAGU